AUGCGGCACGCCACCCUGCGAUGUGGCCUCUGCGCCGCUCCAACAUUCCCCCGAAUCCUCUCAUCAGUGUCACCACUCCUACAAUUUGAUGGCCGGACAACACAUUCACCCAGACGCACCCUGCAUCAAUCUCUACCGCAAAGGCGAGCUCAUUCAAACACAAAGUUGACCCUCCUGGAGCAUCAUCACCUCAAAGGAGACCACGCAACCGGCCUAUCACCCUACGACCAAGCCGAAGACGCACAAGAGGAGCACCGCGCCAAAUUUUUGCAAUGGAAAGCAUCACCAGAGGCACAAAAGGCCGCAAGCCCAAGCCCACGCCUCAUAUCAUUUGAAGCUACACCAACCUUCACCCUCGGCCGUCGCCAGCAGGACCUGACACCAGAACAAACCACGCGUCUGCAGCGACCACUGGAAGUCGACCUCCUUCACCGGCGCAAUGCCGUCGCGCAAACUUUCUCCCCGCAGGUCAGAAAGACGAACCGCGGCGGCUUAACCACGUAUCACGGACCGGGACAAAUAGUUCUCUGGCCUAUACUGGACAUGCAUUCGCCUCUCUACCCCAGGUACGGGGUGGCCUCGUACGCGAGCCACCUGGAAACGACGACGCAGCGCCUACUAUCAGAGUUAUUUGGCAUCCAGACGUACACGUCUCGCGAUGAGCCGGGUGUAUGGGUCACGACGUCGAAUGGCCAGGAGCGCAAGAUUGCCGCGCUGGGUGUUCAUCACAGGCGGUAUGUGACGGCGUUGGGAAUCGCUGUGAAUAUUGACAUUCCCGUAACGGGAGGGGAGGAUGUGAAUCCGUGGGCGCGGUUUGUGCCAUGCGGGCUGGAUGGCAAGUUGGUUACUUCUGUGGCGGCGGAGGUGGGUGUAGAUUCGGCGAUUGGAUGGGAUCUAGAGGAUUUGGCUGGUCGAUGGGCGAGUUUGUUUGAGGAGGGAUUGGUGGAGGAGGGGAAGAGGAGUGGUUGGAAUGGCGAGGCUGGGAGGUGA